AGGUCAAGAAUGGUAGGGCUAUACCUCCACUACUCAAUAUGUCUUCAUGUCUCGGUGCUUAAUUAAGCACAGAACAACUUAAAAGUAGUCAGUAAAUUCAAAUGGGUGACAAGAAUGUCAUACAGAUGAGACUUAUAUCCAAUGAUAAAAGUAAAACCCAAAACUAACUGCUAGUUUAUGUGGUCACUGUAUCAUAACCUUCUUCCCUAGUUCAGUAUUUCUAAGAAAACAGCAGGCCAUGCAUUCAAUGGCUAAGUGCAUUAAUUAGUAAUUGAACUGUAUAAAUAUUUCAGUACUCAAUUGCGAAAAUGGUAUUCCCUCAGCAUUCACAAAUAAGUGUAAUUGCAUAAUGUUUAUCAUCUACCUAGCUGUGCAGAGAUGCUGCAAUGAGCUGUCCUUGAUAUUUGUGUUAUUUUCAAGUCUACUGCAUAAUACUUGUGUGUUAUUACAGACUCAACCUCGUAUUAUUAAACUUGACAAACAUUACCUUAUGACUACCCCAGUCAUACAAAACAACCAGAAGAACAGGGGACCAUGGCUGUAAUGAAACCCAAGCCUUGCUUUUAUACUGUACAAAGAUUCGUCAGGAUGAUAGGCUCAACAUCACUGCCAUAUGGCCCAAAAUGCAGCUGUACCAACACUACAUGCUGCAAAUGGUGUCUGGAAAACUCUCCCCAUCUUGAAAGAAGUUUCCAGGACAAUGACCCUGUGGUGGGACCCACUGAAAAUUUGGAAUUCCUUGCCAAUGUCACAAACGAUUUCAUCUUGGGCCUGUACAUCCUGCACACAUAUGCUGCAUCUGUGGACCAAUGGCGCCACCAAUGGUCAGGUGGUACCUGCAUAAUGCGAGGGAAUGGUGAUGGCUGCUGAUGGCAUCAAAAUGCCUUCCUUUAAAUAUUUCAUUUAUCUUCGGGAACAGAAAAAAAAAGUUAUUGGAGGUUAGAUCCGUGAAGAGGGAGGAUGUUCCUGCACAGUUAUUUGUUUACUAGCUAAAAAGCUCCCUCUCUCGUUGCUCUAAUUCAAGCUCUGACAUUCUUGCACUGGCAAACCAAAACAUACUCAAGACAAUAAUAGAUGCCACUCAAAAAGAGACUGCAAUAGGCCAACUACAACACAGCUGUGAAACGCUGAUAUGUCAACGUCAUCAAACCAUACUGGGGUUUCUGUCCACUGCUGCCACAGCACACACACAGUGGCGAGUUCGCCAACUUUAUUGUCAGAUCUCAUAGGCUGUCAACAAGUAAAGUUAUGCUUUCAGACAUAAAUAACCAUGAUCUUCCUGGAUUACAUCAUUGGUUAAAACACAAGCAGAGAUUAUGAAAACUGUGACAAGAAACCUGGGAUGUAGCAUGCAAAACAGCAGUCAUUUGGGUCAGGAAAA